AACUGGUCUGGUCUGCCGGGACGGUGUAUAAUGUCAUUGUCAGAACAGACCACUGACGGACUCUUCAAAACACAAUUUGAUAUUCACAACUGCCUAAACAUACUUGGAUUCGCGUUAUUCGGAUUCUUGUUUUAUUUAUACACACAGCCCAAGCGCAACACUACUUAUAUUCAAGGAUAAACACGGUUUCCUGGAGCAGUCGACCGAGACUUUCUGUGUUAUGACGGGGGACUGACAGAGUUUACCGCAGUGUAGCUCACAGCGCAUCCAGGAUGAAGCGUCCAGUGUUCGGGUUGUCCACCGUCUGCGGUGUUUUCAUAGUCUGGACAUUGUUUUCGGGGCCGUUGGGCUCCUCAUACCCUCUUGAAGGAGGAACAGAUUCACCCAAGUUCAGGUUCGUGGAUGAAUUUGAUCAGUUCAAGUUCAGGUUCAACUGGCACAACAUGUCCUGCGCGGUGUGUAAAGCGAUCUUUGCCACGGUUGAUAUCGCGCUGCUGAGUGACUCAAACAUGGAGCGUGUGGCGCAUGUUUUGGGAGAGGCCUGCGUUCGACUACAUCUGGCCGAUCCACUAGUAUGCCGAGAAAUCACCGAGCUCUUCCGAAACGAUGUCAUCCGUGCACUCCAAGAGUCUGUCCUUUGGCCCUCGGAGGCUUGUGGUCUUCUGGUUGGACCUACGUGUGGCCAUUUUGAUAUUUAUGCCCCCUGGAAUGUGUCUCUGCCGCGGGUCCCCAAACCCCCAGUUAAACCACCCACCCCUCCCAAACUGGGCUCUCCACAAAACAGAAUCCUCUUCCUCACAGAUAUCCACUGGGAUGCGGAGUAUUCCGAAGGCAGUCUCAUAGACUGUAAAUUGCCACUUUGCUGUCGAAAUGACUCUGGAAGGGCCAGUUGGAAGCACACCGGAGCCGGAUACUGGGGCACGUAUGGUAAAUGUGACCUGCCUUUGCGCACAAUAGAAAACCUUCUCCAAAACUUAGCCAAAUCCGGCCCGUGGGAUUGGGUGUACUGGACAGGAGACAUUCCAGCACACAAUGUGUGGUCUCAGACUCGGUCACAGCAGCUGAACGAGCUCAUCACCAUCACUAGACUCAUACGCAAAUACCUGGGGCCUAAUGUAACUGUGUACCCAGCAGUUGGGAAUCAUGAGAGCACACCGGUGAAUAGUUUCCCACCUCCGUUUGUCCAUGGAAAUCGGUCGUCCAGCUGGCUUUAUGACACCAUGGCUGAGGAGUGGGCACCCUGGCUGCCAAAGGAUGCUCUGGAGACGAUACGUCGUGGAGGUUUUUACACGGCUGAAGUUCAGCGUGGUUUGAGGGUGGUGUCUUUGAACAUGAACUUCUGUGCACGAGAGAACUACUGGCUGCUGGUGAACUCCACAGACCCGGCAGAUCAGCUCCAGUGGCUCAUUCAUAUACUACAAGAGUCAGAGAACAAGGGAGAGAAGGUCCACAUUAUCGGUCACAUCCCCCCAGGACUCUGCCUAAGCAAUUGGAGUUGGAAUUACUAUCAUAUAGUGAACAGAUAUGAAAGCACCAUAACCGGUCAGUUUUUCGGACAUACGCAUGUCGAUGAGUUUCAGAUGUUCUACGAUGAAGAUACACUGACCCGGCCACUGAGUGUGGCUUUUAUCGCCCCAAGUGUGACAACUUAUAUUAACCUGAACCCAGGAUAUCGUGUGUAUUAUGUGGAUGGAAACUACCCAGGCAGCAGUAGGAUGGUUUUGGAUCACGAGACUUUUAUUCUCAACCUGACUCUGGCCAACAACCAGCCUUCAAAACCUGACCCCAACCCCUCAUGGACCUUAUUGUACCGUGCAUCCAAGGCCUACGGUUUGUCCACUCUCUUCCCAUCAGACAUGGACGCUUUAAUCAAACUCAUGAAGAAUGAUGACCGCGUCUUCCAGCGCUUUUGGUACCUCUUUCACAAAGGCCACGUCUCAAAGCCCUGCGCAGACACUUGCAAGACGUCACUAAUCUGCCUCCUGCACAGCGGACGAUACGACCUUAUAUCGCAGUGUGGCGUGCUACACGGAGAUAAACACUCUGUUAGGAAGACAAUUUGUUGAGAAAAUAUGAAACUAGCCAUAGAGAUCUAAUGGGUAUAAUACCACACCAACAUCACAGACACUUUAAUUUAAAGUUCUUUUUGUAGCAUUUCUUACAUUUGUCCUUGAAAUCAUCAAACUUUGGUUCCAUAUUUUUUUGGUUCUUCUUUUACAGUUUGCGAUUAGCUGACUUGCUAUGGACAUCGUUGGUAUUAAACACCAUCAGGUGUCUGUCGAGAUAGUUAAAAAGUCAGCAGUUGUUGUAAAGAUGUAAUUUAGGGCAGAGAACCAAAGUAAAGUAUUAAUGGUUGAAAGUGGAACAGGUAGUGACUUCACUGAAUCAUGUGGCGUGUUAGUGCCUCAUAAAAACCACAACUGCUCAGGCCUCGUUCUCACUAACGUGGUUGUGUGUUUCGCGUCACGCUCGAGUGGAUUGUGGUCUGUCACUUUAGAAGUGUUUUGUGUUCUCACUUACUGCAUUGACCUAUAGUUCGCACACAUGGUUUAUGAUUCAACCCCAAAUUGUUAAACUUGAUGUCAAUUCCUAAUGCAGUGAUGAGAUUGUGACCAUGUGAUUGUUUCUCUGUCACACUUGAAAAUUUUGCAAUUAUAGUGGGGUUUUAUGAAUGUUAAAAUGGAUUGUCUGAACGUCUUGAUUAUUAAAUGAAGAAAAGGGUGAUUUGUUUGUAGAUUAAAGCUAUGUACAGUACCGUUCAAAUGUUUGAAAUGCAUAAUUUUGAGCGACUAUGCAUUAAAUGUUGCAUAUGCAUAAAGUGGCAUAUGUUAAUGGUACAAUUUUCUGUUCCAAAUAAAAGCUGUUUGCACUUUCAAUUCAUAACAUUUUCAAGUAGUACAACUGUUUUAAACAUUAAUAAAACUGAGAAAUGUUUAGGUACUCAGCAUAUUAGAAUAUUUUCUGAAGGAUCAUGUGACGCUUAUAAGUCUGGAGUAAUGAUGCUGAAAAUUCAGUUUUGUAUCACAGGAAUAAAUUACAUUUUAGAUAA